UGGGUACUUUUGAUGUUCAUUGCCUAUUCACAGUCAGAGGUGCAGCAAAUUACUGAAAUACCUGCGAUUUUAGUGAUCCAAAAAAAGUCAAAUAAUGAGUCAACAACCACUUUUCAUUUGUGAAGAAGAUGUUAGGAGUCUCUUAAAGUGGGAGGAAGUGUAUGAAGCUGUUAAAGUGGCUCUUCUGUCUGUAGCUCAGAGCAAUGAAAAUUUAUCUCAACCUGCCCGAUCUUUUACAAUUGCAUCUCCUCAGUCAGGUCUUUUGUUAACUAUGCCAUGCUAUCUGGGGAAUUAUCAAUUGUCGUCGGUAUCGAAAGAUCGGAAUUAUGAUACAUUGGCAUGUAAAUUGGUGACAUGUUUCUCUGGCAAUGGAUCACGAACUCCAGCACUGCCCAAAAUUCUGGGCAAUAUAUUUCUCUUCAACCCGGAUUGCGGGAGUCUUGAGGCUAUUCUUGAGGCGACUGACAUCACAUCUUGGAGAACGGCAUGUGCUUCCUUAGUAGCAACCCAGUGUCUCUACUUCGACAGUCAUUUGAGGCACGAAGACGUGAUACUGUCUAUUGUAGGCUGUGGAGUUCAGGGUCGAAUGCAUUCAAUCGGAAUGUGCACUACUUUCCCAUUCACUGAAAUUAGAUUGUGGAAUCGGACAGAAUCGAGAGCCACUGAACUGGCUGAGGAGCUGAAAGCCCUCGUGGCACAAUUCAAAAAUCCUUCCAUCAAAAUCACAAUUAGCAAUUCCCUGGACAACUGCCUCAAGAACACCGAUGUUAUUGUCAUUGCAACGAGUUCACAUGAACCACUGAUUGAGCGUCAUCAUCUUAAGGACAAUGUCCACAUAAAUGCCAUUGGAGCUGGGGAAGUUCAUCAUGCAGAAAUUCAUCAGAAUGUCUAUGACGUAGCCAAAGUGUACACGGAUCACUGGGAGGGAGCCAGAGCGGAGCUUAAAGAUCUCAAAGCGGAAAUUACUGGACUCGUGGGAGAGGUACUUUGUCAGAAAAAACCCAGUCCGUCUGGUGGAAUAACCAUCUUCCAGUCACUCGGAAUGGCAUUGGAAGACGCCACAACGGCCCAACUGAUUUUUGAAAAAUACAAAAUGACUCAUGGAUAGUUACCUAUUUCCCAAAAUAAUUACCCAAGUAGUUGCCCACAUAUUCCUCGUUGAACAAGAAUUAAGGGGAGCAUAUCUUUAGGGAAUGGAAAUAAAAGUGUUUUCCUUUUUAUUUCAUAAUUUUAGCGUCAAAUUCUAAAUAGGAUGAAGAAGAUUUAAAUUGAAAUAUUCCACAGGGGGAUUCUGUAACAGUAUGACAAUGUCAUAUCGUCAGUUAAAUCAGCAUUUGUCGUAACUGCCUUUUGACAACUUUUCAGGAGACGAAAUUUUCAAUUCAGCAUUAUUUUUCUUAAAAAUGAACCCCGAAUGCGAUACUUUUGAGUCAAAAUAAUAAAAGUGGCACUAAUAAACUGUAAGUUAACUCGAGAAAAUCUUUAUAAAAUUAUUUAAAAGCUGCAAUAUUGAGAAAUAUGUUACAAGAAACACAAUAAUAUUUUAUCGUAACUUCCAUUAUUUAUAAAGUCGUAACUUCCAAUGUAUGGAGAUUCUGGAAGUUACGACAAUUUUCUAAAAUGCAUUAUAUCAAUUUGAAUUAUUUUAGUGAUAAUAAGCGCCAUUAUUUGACUAAAUUAAUUAAUAAUACUGUUAUCCCGGUCCAUAAAAGCUUUUAUUUCAUAAGUUUUAUUGAAUAAAUUUUGUGCGCCACGUCGCUUGUUUUGUUUUGAAUUCAUGACAGAUGGGUAGGGAUUUUUUCUCACUUUUUUCUUGCAAAUAUUGAAUUAAAAUGAUUUCAUGUUACACUAUUCGCACUGUCUUUCGAUAUUUGGAAGAGUUUGUAAACGUUUUAUUGAGAAAUAUUGCAAUUUUGCUGCAAAUUACAAGCCACGCAAGUAAGUAUUGAAGUAGUAUUGAAAAUUUUGUAUGGAAAUUUGUCGUAACUUCCCCAAAAAUGGAAGUUACGACAAAUUCUGAUAAAUUUUUCUUAAUUAAGGGCUCUUACGAUAAUUUUUGUUUAAAAUAAUUUUUAAUGGGCUUAUAAAAGUUUCUUUUUCUCAAGUGCGUUUAAUAAACAAAAUUACGCUGAUUCCAAAUAUGUAUAUAUCUCAAAAUCGCAAAAAUGAAGUUACGACAAAUGCUGAUUUAACUGACGAUAUGACUUUUCGUGGUAAAUUAUGUAGCAAGACAACAUUAAAUCUCAGUGAGCAUCGAUUGGCCAUUGCAACGAGCUUGUAAUAUGAAUCAGAUUUAAAAUUAAUUCUACCGAAUUUACCAUAUAAAAUAAAUGAAAUUUGUCAUAUGACAUUGUCAUACUGUUACAGAAUACCCCUACUGGACAUAGUCUUGUAUUUUUCCAUAUUUCUUGUUUUAUUGACGUUUUCAUUUAGAAAAAAAAAACUUGCGGAUUUAUUAAAUUUACUAAAAGUAUUAUGUAGUAUGUAAUAUAAUUUUUGUAAUUAAUUUUGGACAGAGUUACACGUUUAAUGGUUUUUUUCUGUUUUUAAGACAGAGAAAUUUAUUUUAAUUACAUAUUUUUUUAAAAUAAAAAUGUACAUGAAGCAGAAAAAA